AUGCCCGCCGCCAAGUCCGGACUGACCGUUCACCAGGUCAAGGAAAACCUGAGAGAGGAUUUCAAGCCCAAGAUUGACAGGGUUAAGGCAAAGUAUGACACUGCGAGGCAAGCACAUCUAGACGCUCAAACUAAUCAUACACCCAUUUCACUCAAUUACAAGAGGCUCAAGGCGGAGUAUGAGGAAGCCGAAAAGGAGUACAAAAGGUCGAAGAAGGCUGUUGAGGCGGCGAAAACUGCAGAGACUGAGGCAGAUGCCAGUGUGAAGAGAGUGAAGAAAGAACUUCAGGACAAACUGGCCCUUAUCGAUAAGAGGUUGUAG